GGAGCGGUGGUAUUCGAAGGUGUUGAUGUACGAAAAGGUGACAAAAGGGAGUACAUAGGAAGUAGAUAAAAUCCGGAGUCAUGGUAAUAAUGCCUAACAGGGAAAACGUUGGUGUAUGAUGAAAUGUUUGCAUUCACGUUAUUAGCCGAAGUGGGAAUCGCAGAAAGUGAUGUGACGGGGAAUGAUAAAGGCGUGAGGCAGUUAUGGAGAGCGGCUGAGCUGAGCGUGGAAUUGAAAAAAGUGGCGGCCGGGUUUGCGCUAGGACGCGAUCAAUCACACAGUAGACACGCUUCGUGGAGGAGAAAGGGCGCCGUGAUAGACCCUUUCUAACGACAGCGCCAACUCAAGUGCGAGGGAUGCUCCGUUAUGCGCUGGUCGACUAUUGUGAGGAAGCUAAGGGUGUAAUCAUCAAGCAUCCAAUUUAAUCGCGAAGAAAAGAGACAAAAAUACGAACAG